AUGCCUCGCAAGAACGUGGAUAUUUCAUCGCGGAUUGAUUCGGUGGUCUCCAAUUUUGGCCAGCUUCCAUUGGCUGGAACACCUCUAGGGAAAACCUCAGAACUUACAGCCAGUCCUGAGAUUAUACUAGCCAUGGCAAUGGAUGCGAUGGUCAAGUCGAGACCAAUUUCGCAUGAUCUCGCCCAGAGAACCACCAACCGAUUGAUCGAGCAAGGCUACCAUCAUAUCGAUGUCCUUUCAAAGAGCACGUGGGAAGAACGGACUGACGUGCUCAGAGAAGGAGGCUAUAAUCGGUAUCGCGAGCAGUGCUCAACAAAUCUAGGCAGUCUUGCAGACCUCGUGACGGACAAGUAUGAUGGAGAUCUGAAUCAUCUACUACAGGCUGCCAAUGGCGAUCGAGAAGAUGCUCGGGCAUUGAUGAAAGAAGUCAAGGGUGUAGGUGAUCUUGGGGUGGAACUGUUCUUCAACAAUGUGCAAAGCGUUUGGCCAGAUAUUGCACCUUUCCUCGAUUCGAGAAGCUUGAAUACGGCGGCAGAGAUUGAAAUUGGACAGGAUUUGGAUGCGAUAUACGGGGCCCUGGGUCGAGAUCCGAAGGAGAUGAGUGUUUUUGCAAACGGCCUAUCUACAGUGCGGUUGGAGAAGAAACAUCUUGCCAAUCGGGGCAUCGAUACAGACCUGCGCAAGUCAUCUCAGCUGUAA